UCGUUCGUCGACACGAUGACUCGGCUGCAUUCGAAAGCAGCGUUUUUGCUCAAUGUCGCGCCACACACUUUUUUUUUUUUUUCUUCUUUUCUUUCUAUUGUUUCUUGUUUUGCCUUUGUGCUCGUUUCUUUGUGCCUUCACUCAUGAGCUCACACCCGCGUGUUCACGUGCACCCGCACCCGCACUCGCGAUCGCCCGUGCCGCGUCAUGGCGGCGGCGGAGGGGGCCAUCGCAGCCACCACGCCAGCCAUCAUGGAAGCCCGCGCCACGGCAGCGCGCCUCACAGCGGCAUCAUGACCCCAGACCCUUCCAACUCGUCCGCCGUGAUGGAAGACGCCUUUGCUGCUGGCGUCGACUUCUACGCACUCAGUGCGCCGCUCGCCCUGCGCAAGGAGGAGGAGGACGCGCGCACCGCCGUCGUGUUCUUUGUCAAUGGCAGGAAGAUUACCGAGCAGCGCCCAGAGCCCACCAUGACGCUCCUCACCUACCUUCGAACCAAGCUCGGUCUCACUGGCACCAAGCUUGGAUGCGGAGAAGGAGGCUGUGGCGCGUGCACUGUGAUGCUUUCGCAUUACGACCAUUCAGCAAAGCGUAUCGUUCACCGAUCUGCAAACGCGUGCCUCGCGCCAAUGUGUGCAAUGGACGGAAUGGCCGUGACGACGGUUGAGGGAAUUGGCAGCACCUCGACCAAGCUGCACCCCGUCCAGGAGCGCAUUGCCAAGGCACACGGCUCGCAGUGCGGAUUCUGCACACCUGGCAUUGUCAUGUCCAUGUACACGCUGCUUCGAAACAACCCCAAUCCGUCGCCCGAGCUCGUCGAGGACGCCUUCCAGGGCAACCUCUGCCGCUGCACGGGGUACCGACCCAUUCUCGACGCAUUCAAGACAUUCUGCACUGACGACUCGGAGCAUGCCCAGUGCCACAUGGCCAACGGCAACGGCGACGCUGCAACGCUCGCUGCUGCCGCCACGACGUCGACACCGCACCCUGCAUCCGUCAAUGGCGAUGCCUCGCAGCCUGAUGUCUCUGUCUCUGCCGGCGCCUCGUCCUGCCCGAUGGGUGCCGACUGCUGCCGGAACAAACCUGCCUCGAGCGCCAACGACUGCGGCACCGAUGGCAAGGCCGCAUCCGUUGUCGUCUCUGCCUCUGCUGACGGCCAGCGCAAGACGUUCCAUGGCCCGUCGGCGCUGCUCGUCGGCUUGGACUUUGCCCCCUACGACCCUUCCCAAGAACUCAUCUUCCCGCCAGAGCUCAUGAAUUCCACUCACGCGACAAACACGCGCGCAUUGCACAUCCAGGGCGAAACGUACGCGUGGUACAAGCCAAUGUCGUUGCCUGCGCUGCUGGAAAUCAAGCACCAGCAUCCGCACGCUCGCCUCGUGUGCGGCAACACGGAAAUUGGCAUUGAGGUCAAGUUCAAGCACCAAAUCUACAAGACACUGGUUUCCGUUGCGCAUCUGCCCGAGCUGAACACGAUUACGCACUCGAGUGCAGGUGUUCGGGUUGGCGCAUCCGUCACGCUGACCGAUCUCGGCGACUACAUGAGCCAUCUGUGCGAGACCCUGCCUCGCUACCAGACACGCACGUUCAGUGCGAUUGUCGAGAACCUGCGCUGGUUUGCCGGCCACCAGAUCCGGAAUGUGAGCGCCGUGGCUGGUAACAUUGUCACCGCCUCGCCCAUCUCCGACCUCAACCCGAUUUUCAUGGCCGCGGGCUGCACUCUCACGCUCGCCUCGGCCACUGGCGGACAGCGCAACGUGCCAUUCUCAAAGUUUUACAAGGGCUACCGCCAAACGCUGCUCGAGCCGACGGAAAUCAUGCUGGCCAUCACCAUCCCUUACACCCGCGACUUUGAGUUUGUCGAGGCGUUCAAGCAGGCCAAGCGACGCGAGGACGACAUUGCGAUCGUCAACGCGGGCAUGCGCAUCCUGCUAGAGAUGGUGCCUGCUGCCCAGGUCCAAGCAGCAGCGCCAGCUCCCAGCAGCAGCAGCAGCAACAGCAGCAGCUCUGCCGCCAGCAACGACACUACUGAGCUCGUUCCCGUCAUUCGUGAGAUUGCCCUGUCGUACGGUGGUAUGGCACCCACGACAGUUUUGUCUCCCAAGACCAGCGAGGCACUCGUCAAUCGUGUGUUUGACGAAUCCAUCGUCCAGGUGGGCUGUGCUGCCCUUGCGGAGGACUUUCCUCUCGGCAUUAGCACUCCCGGCGGCAUGGUCGAGUAUCGUCGCUCGUUGAACACGAGCUUUUUCUUCAAGUUCUACCUGAUGGUGGUCGAGUCACUCCGCGAGCGUCUGCUCACAGACGUGGACGCCAACAACGGCCCAACCGACGCAUCUGAUGGGGCUGCUGUUGUCGCUGGUGCCUCCACUGUCAAUGGUGCGGUCAACGGCUCGAACGUUGCUGCGCCCACUGCCGACCCGCGAGCUCUCAGCGCGACCGAGCGCACACACCGCCCCGUUUCAAGCAGCAUCCAAGAGUACCAACGCCCGGUGGAGCACGCCAACCCGAAUGACCAAGUGGGCGACCCUGUCCGCCACAUGUCGGCAUUGAAGCAAGCGACCGGCGAAGCCAUCUAUGUGGACGACAUUCCCCGCUAUGGCAACGAGCUGUACGGCGCCCUCGUGUUUAGCCAGCGUGCGCAUGCCAACAUUCGAUCGAUCGAUGCCGGCGCUGCUCUCGAGAUGCCUGGCGUGUUUGCCUUUUACUCGGCCAAGGACAUUCCCGGCAGCAACCACAUUGGUCCGGCUGUCAUUGACGAGGAGUGCUUUGCCGAGACGGAGGUCACUUGUGUGGGCCAGGUCAUUGGCAUCGUCUUGGCCGAAACGCAGAGCGAGGCUCAGCAGGCUGCGCGCAAGGUCAAGGUCGAGUACGAGGAUUUGCCGGCCGUCAUUUCCAUUCUGGACGCCAUCGAGGCCAAGUCGUACUACUCGCCCAUCAACAAGAUUCAAACGGGCGACGUUGACGCUGCCAUUGCCGCGGCCGAGGUCGUGGUCGAGGGCGAGUUCCACAUGGGUGGUCAGGAGCACUUUUAUCUGGAAACCCAGGCGACGCUUGCCGUUCCUUCCCGCGAAGACGGCGAGAUGGAGCUGUUUGUCUCGACCCAGGCCCCGAUGAAGACGCAGUCCAUGGUUGCCAAGGUCCUUGGCGUGGACUACAACCGCGUCAACUGCCGCGUCAAGCGCAUGGGCGGCGGCUUUGGCGGCAAGGAGACCCGUUCCAUCUACGUCUCGUGCGCCGCGGCCGUUGCAGCACAGCUUUCGCGCCGCCCCGUGCGCAUCAUGCUCGACCGUGACGAGGACAUGUGCUCCAGCGGUCAGCGCCAUCCCUUCCAUGCAAAGUAUCGCGUGGGUGCGACUCGCGCAGGCAAGCUCUGCGGCGUCGACGUCAAGAUGUACAGCAACGGUGGCAACUCGCUCGACCUGUCCGUUGCUGUGAUGGAGCGUGCUCUGUUCUCGAUCGACAACGUGUACAACAUUCCAGUCGUGCGUGGUGAAGGCUUUGUCUGCAAGACCAACCUCCCGUCGAACACGGCCUUCCGUGGAUUUGGUGCGCCGCAAGGCAUGAUGAUUGUCGAGGCCUGGAUGCAGCAUCUCGCAGCCGCGCUCAAGAUGGACGUGGAUGCGGUGCGCGAGCUCAACUUUUACCACGAGGGCGACCGCACGCAUUUCACGCAAGUGCUCACCGACUGCCACGUCGAGAAGACUUGGAAGUUUGCUCGUGAGAGCGCGCACUUUGCCGAGCGUCGCGCAGCCUGCGACGCCUUCAACAAGGUCAACCGCUGGCGCAAGCGGGGUCUCGCCGCCGUGCCGACCAAGUUUGGCAUUUCCUUCACCCUCAAGCUGAUGAACCAAGCUGGUGCUCUUGUUCAGAUUUACACCGAUGGCUCGGUGCUGCUCACUCAUGGAGGCACUGAAAUGGGCCAAGGUCUGCACACCAAGAUGGUUCAGGUUGCCUCCCGCGAGUUGGGCAUCCCGAUGUCCAUGAUUCACGUCACCGAAACUUCCACAAGCACGGUGCCCAACACAUCUCCCACCGCUGCCUCCGCCGGCAGCGAUUUGAACGGCAUGGCCGUCAAGAAUGCAUGCGAGACGCUGAACGGUCGCCUCAAGCCUUUCAAGGAAGCCAAUCCGACCGGUACCUUUGCUGACUGGGUUCGUGCAGCGUAUGUGGAUCGCGUGUCGCUCUCAUCUACUGGCUUUUACGCCACGCCCAACAUUGGCUACGACUUUAAGAACAACAUUGGAAAACCCUUCGCCUAUCUUUCGUACGGUGCCAGUGUUGCCGAAGUCGAGAUUGACACGCUGACCGGCGAUGCCACAACGCUGCACUGCACCGUGGUCAUGGACGUCGGUCACUCGCUCAACCCCGCCGUCGAUAUUGGUCAGGUGGAAGGUGGCUUUGUCCAAGGGAUGGGUCUUUUCACACUCGAGGAGAGCCACUGGUCCCAAAAGGGCAUGCUGUGGACGCGCGGCCCAGGCAUGUACAAGAUUCCCGGCUUUAUGGACAUUCCUCUGGAUUUCCGUGUGCAUCUGCUCAAGGAUUCCGGCAACGAGUAUGCCAUCCAUGCCUCCAAGGCUGUCGGCGAGCCUCCUCUCUUCCUGGCUGCCAGUGUGUUUUACGCCAUCCGCGAUGCUGUUGCAUCUGCCCGUGAUAUCAAUUCUACCGAGUUCUUCCGCUUUGACAGCCCUGCUACGGUCGAACGCAUCCGCAUGGCCUGCCUCGACGACUUUACCAUGCCUCGACGACUUCACCAAGCCAUUCCCCGUCCCUGCUUUCGACGAUCCUGUCAACAAGCACCGCUGGAAUGUUGUGGUCUAAAACGCUUCGUUUGCUCUUGCGAUUUCGAGUCUGCGUUUCUGCGAUUUUGAUUUUGUUUGCUUUUGUAAUGUUUCCAUUGAACAUUGUUUUAACUGCCCAGA